CUCACCCCCCCCCCCGCCACUUUCCCUAGCGCGUGCAGCGCGCCGUUGUGGCGCAAAACCUGAGGGGGAAGGUCGCUGCUCUGUCGCUUCGCCUCCCUCGCUUCUUCGUCAGCGGCUGUGGCGGCCGCGCGGCGGCUCCAGGAGGAACCCCGCGAGCCCGGGCUAUGACCUGCCUCCCGAGCUACCUGAGCGGCGGCAGUCCCUCCGCCGCUCUCCGCGCCUUGCUCAAGCCUUCCCGGAGGCACCAGCCGCCAGCUCCGCCGCCGCAGAGCCACCUCGCCUUAGCGCCCAGCGCAGCCCGCCUGGCCGCGUCGGUGGCUUCAGCCGCCGCCGCCUUUGCCGCGUCCGGGCUCCCCUCUCAGCCGUUAGCGCUGGCGGGGCGAGGGUCUUCGCCGCCGCCGUCUCCGCCGCCUCCGUCUGCCCCUUCCACCUCGCAGCGCUGCCUCAGCUCCGAUGCUUCCUCGGAGCUCCCUUCGCGGUCGGGAGGCGUCGGCGGCGGGUUCCGCCCGGCCCGGGUGGUGGUGGUGGCCAAGACGACCCGCUACGAGUUCGAGCAGCAGCGGUACCGGUACGCGGGGCUCUCCGAGGAGGACCUCAAGCAGCUGCUUGCAUUAAAAGGCUCUAAUUACAGUGGACUACUGGAGCGACAUCGGAUUCAUACAAAAAAUGUGGAGCAUGUAGUAGAUAGUUUAAGGAAUGAGAAGAUUGAGGUCCGACUUGUGAAGCGCAGAGAAUAUGAUGAAGAGACAGUUCGGUGGGCAGAUGCUGUUGUAGCAGCAGGAGGUGAUGGCACAAUGCUUUUGGCAGCCAGUAAGGUGUUGGACCGGUUAAAACCAGUUAUUGGAAUAAACACAGACCCAGAUAGAUCUGAAGGCCAUUUGUGUUUACCUGUACGAUAUACACACUCAUUUCCAGAUGCCCUACAGAAACUCUAUCGUGGUGAGUUCAGAUGGCAAUGGCGGCAACGAAUCCGUUUAUAUCUUGAAGGGACUGGCAUUAACCCUGUCCCUGUUGACUUGCAUGAACAGCAGUUGAGUCAAGAACAGCACAGCAGGGCCCAUGUUAAUGGAAGAUUUCAGGAUCAAAGGUCUCAGAUAUCUGAACCACACCUCUUGCCAGUGAGAUCAUUAAAUGAAGUGUUUAUUGGAGAAUCUCUCUCAUCCAGGGUGAACUAUAAGUCCUGCAAACCCAGUUUUAAAUUCUCCCUUCAUAGGGCCUCUUACUAUGAAAUAUCAGUUGAUGGUGGUCCAUGGGAGAAACAAAAGAGCUCAGGUCUCAACAUAUGCACUGGAACAGGAUCAAAAGCCUGGUCUUUUAAUAUCAACAAGGUAGCAAAUCAGGCUGUGGAAGAAAUCCUUAAGAUUGCUAAAAGUUAUGAGAGCUUAAGGCUUCCAUUGAACAAGGAACUUGUACAGAAAGUAACAAGUGGAUAUAAUGAAUCACUACUGUAUAGUCCAGAAGAACCCAAGAUGCUUUUUAGUAUACGAGAACCUAUUUCAAACCGCGUUUUUUCAAGUAGUCGACAACGGGGUUUUGCUUCAAAAGUUUGCAUUCGCUCUCGUUGCUGGGAUGCCUGUAUGGUUGUAGAUGGAGGAACUUCAUUUGAAUUUAAUGAUGGAGCAAUAGCGUCAAUAUUGAUCAAUACAGAAGAUGCACUGCGUACUGUUUUGCUAGACGAAUGAAGAAAAAGUUUGAACUACUCACUUCAAAGAAGGGAUGCUGCCUCAUUUCAAAUGUGAAACUUGCUCUUUUAUAUAGACAGACGUUGGGAAGCAACAAUUGAAACGGCUUUUCAUUCCUUUUGGAUGAGUAAUUCUUGGAAAACCAGUGUUUGUGAAGCCAGCAAAGUCGCGACUCUUCAAAAUCUUAAUAAACCUGGCAGGAUACUUUAAAACCUAAGGCAGGGCUUGGAACAAAUUGGUAUUAAUAAACUGUACAGUUCUGUAGUAGCUAUCUAGUACUGAUUCUGCAAAAUGCCUUGAUUCCCCCCCCCCCAAUAUGUAUUUCAUUGGUUUCUGAAAGCAAAUUAUGUUAAAAGUAAUUGAGCAAAAAGGUUAGGUCAGUGUUUGAAUUUAGCUACCCAAAAGUAACCCUUUUGUAUACAUCCAAUAAUUUUACUUUUCUGAUUGGUCAUGUUUGAUUGUAAUGGUUUUCAUUGCUUUAGUUUUUCUACAGUUCAGUACCAUAAACCCAGCAUUUUGUGUCUAAGCUCCUCAACCUCACCAGUUUGAUGUUGUGCCUACUUUCUAUAUGAGGAACCUAUGGCUUUCCAGAUGUUGCUGGACUGCAACUUCCACCAGCCCUGGCUGGGACCAGUAACAUAUGGAGGGCCACAGGUUGUCCACCUGUUCAAUAGCAAGAAUAAAACUCACUUGAGAUUAUCCCCACUAUCUGUUGAAAAUUUGGCUUGCCAACAGUUUCAACUGUGUUUUGAAAAAUGUGUUAUGGUAGAUUUGUGAUAAAUUUCCCCACCAGAAAGCAUAUGGUGAUGAUUUUUGGCACUCAGUCUUGAACUUCCAUUUAUUUAACUCGGCACUGUCUGUGUUCCUGAUUGGGCCUCUGAGUUAUGACCCAGGAGUAGACCAGAAUGGAGACGUUCCUGUACUCCAUGCUGGGGGAGAGCGUGAGCAAUGGCAUAGCCACGUGACGAGGCAAAUUACAAAGGCUCCCAGCCACGUCAGAAGGAUGCUUUUCUGCCACCCCUUCCCGCACAAAUAAGUCCUCAGUUUACCAGGGCUAAUUAGUGAAAAUACAUACCAUUCCUUUUUAAAAUGCAGGUGUUUGUAAGACACUGCAUGCUUUAUGAAAUGGGUACAACGGGGGGGUGGGGGUGGGGGUGGACGGACUCCACUUGUGUAGUGAGGAAAUACUUGGACGUUUUGAAAAGUACUCAUUUUUCAAUGCAGCCUGUAUUGAAUGUUUUUUAAAGGUACAUGAUUGUGACCAAUUUGAGCAAAUUUCACAUUGCUGGAACUCCUGUUCUUUUGCUAUGUAGAUAAGGCAUUACAAGUCAGAACUGUGACUUAAGAGCUGACUACUCACCAUUGUUUCUUUGAAUUAGCCAUAUGAUUAUCUGCAAAUACUGUAUUCAGUAGUGUAUUGUGUAGUUUAUUGGUUGACGCUACUAAACCCAUGCACAGUGCAGUUUUGUGAGAAUACUGCCCAAUGCAUUCACUGUUUACAUUUUAAAUAGUGGUAAUGAACCCUCGGUGUGAGUCAGGUAAAUGAUGAGGCCUGUUUAAAGUACACAAUAAGAAGUUCAAAUAACCUUAUGUCUUAAAGUUCAGACGCAGUUUUGAAAAGAUGGUGUUAGUAAAUUUUACAAGGCCACCUUUUAGGAAAAGAAAAAGUCAGGCCAUUAUACUAGCUCCUUAAACUGCACUGUGAAGAACUUAACAGAGUCUUGAAAGCUCCCACUUAAAAUAUGUAUUGUACAAAAUUUCACAUCAGUCGAAGUAUUCAGUGAUCUGUAUUGGUACAGCUGGGGCUUUACAGGUUGUUUGGAAAUGUAGUGGGGGUCUACUGAAUUCAGUGGAACUUGCUUCCAAGUAAAUCAGUUUAAGAUGAGGAAUAGUAACCACAGAAUGUGAAAAGGUGCAGUAAUAAUUUGAAAUGGAGAAAGCUGUGAAAUUAGUCCACUGAGAUUGCAACUGUUUUAUGAACUUCUCAAUCUAAAUUUUAAAAAUGGCUAAACUUGGAGCAUGAUCGACCCACACCAUGGGGCUAAUGCCUGUACAGUACUUGGAAAAUUCUGAUAAGCCUCACCAGAGCCUUCCCCUACAUAUGCACAUACCCCGUGUUUCCCCAGUGUUCAGUCCCACUGCCAAUACACAUCAAGUGAAAGGAUGGGGAAGUAGGGCUUUGUAGGGAUUCUGUACCCAUGAGGCAAAUAGAUCAUGACUCUCAAAAUAAAAUACUCCAUUAUCUUCUACUGUGCCAAAGUGAUGAAGUCUUUAAAGUGUUUUAUGUAAAGACAAGUACUUAGGCAAGAAACUUACAAAGUUGUAAGCAAGGGCAAUUACUUGCUCAAACCUAUUAGCCAAAAACAAUACAGUAGUUUAAAUGUAAUGCAGACCUUCAAAUGGAAAAAGGAUCAAACAAUAGCUGUCCUUCGGGUUGAUCUGAAAUGUGAAUUUGCACAGAUAACAAAAUAAAUAACUAUACUAUUAUUGCACAUAUGAAGUGUUCCUGGGUGCCCUCUACUGGUCUUGGUUUGUGACAGGCAAGCAUUGUACUAGACUUUUUUGAGUGUCUGUAUCAAACAUUUAUAAAUUCAUAAGGUGUGGGUUUGUUUGUUUUUAAAGUUCAGGGUACACCCCCAAUAAGCUCACUUUAUCAACUGCUCCUCUUUCAGCCAACACCCCCCCCCAUGCCAAAAAAAUCCUUAUUAUGGGGAGUGGGGAUAGUACCCAUUGAAAAGUACCUGUGGACCUGAGAGUGUGGCGUCAGAUUAUGCUUAAAGCAUUUCCUGCUACAAAUCGUGGGCACUUUCCUAUGUCUGUGGGGGUGCUUUUUGACCUCUUAUCUCCCCUCUAGUUUUUAAAAAAGAAAUCUUUGGAAAGGAGUGCUGCCUGGUAUAAGAACAUUUGUUCUAGCACCACCCUUCCAAGUUGUUUGCUUGUGAAGUGGAUCCACUCUGUUCUGAUGACUAGAUACAACAAAUCUGGUUCCAAGUAAUGGGGAAAUACAGGUUACAGUACAGGCUCAUCUCUUUCUCUCUCCCCCCCCCACCACCCCUUUUGCCCUGCAAAGUAGGAUAUAGCAUGUGAAAGCGGUGUGGGCAGUUGCAGUGCUGGUCCCCUGUUGCACUGCUCUAAUUAGCAGCUCCCCACCACCAUGGCUAUAUUCGGUGUGCUUAAAAAAUGCACACACACACAAAUCCAGCUCAAUCACAGGUCUCACAGCUUAACAUGUACUUUGGCUCUAAUGGGAACAGAGGGUGAAGAAUGUUCAUAAAAACGAGACAAUCUUUAGAAAGACAAUUCAAGCUAUUUAAAGGUGUAUUUCUAUAUAAAUUGUUUGGUGUUAAGGGAGCUGAUAAGGCAAUUUUAUAUGUGAAAUGUGUGCAAAUAUGAAAGCCAACAUAUCCCCUCCUAAAAUGGUCUAAUUCUAGCAUCCUGGACUGGACUAAAGUGUUCCUGUUAAUAUUUUAACCAGGAUUCCACAUCUUACUAAAAAUAAAGGCGUUGAUAUUUGGUUUUACUGAGAAAUAAUGUAUGAGGUGGAUAGUAAUUAAUAUAAUAAAGGCGAGCUAGUGUUUUGGAAGUAUUUUAUGUGUCUCUGAUGCUUAAAGACUUCUUCAGAUGUAAAUCUCCAAUACUUG